CAUAGAUAUUUUCUAUAUAUUUUUUGCUUAAAAACUGAAGAUCUCGUUGGAGAAAAGUCCGGUUCUCAUCGUUAUUUAUUAUUGACUUGACCGAAGUUUAUUGUUGCAUCAUUGAGUAAGAUAAAAAUUGAAUAAUUAGUUCAAAUUUUGAUUGAAUUUACUGCUUUGCAGUUCACUCUCGCAUGGAAUGAUCACUUUCAUUUCACGUAACACUUUGUUGAAACUCGUUAUCUUCAGUACCAUCAAAGAUUUAUCAUGAUGACAGGCUUCAGUUCGAACGAUGAAAUGGAUAAAGAUCUCGAACUAGCGUUGAAAUUAUCUCUAGAAGACAGCCAGAACCAUGCUCGAAAUUUUCGAGAUAUUCCCGGACCUUCAAAUUCAACUCGUCCCAACGUCCCGUUUGGAAACCUCUAUGACAAUCGUAAACGUCCCAUUGAACUGAAUGAUCGGAGCCCAAUACCGAAAAAGGUGGUUAUUUCUAAAGAACUCGAAGAUUAUCAACUCGCAUUAAAGUUAUCUGAAGAAAUCAACGGUAGAGCAGCCAUCCCAGUGAAUGAUGAAGACGCGGAUUUUGCUUUAGCGUUGAAAUUAUCGAACCAAAAUAAUCCUAGUACGAGUAGUUCCGUGAAAAAUAAUGAACACGAAAGUGAAGAUUUCUUUCUCGCUAUUAAGCUUUCACAAGAAGACUUCGCACCUGAAAUUGUCAUUGAUGACGAUCCUGUGAUUCCUGAUCCUGCAAAACCGAAUAGUUCGAAGUUAUCCGAUCCGGCUAGUCAAUUAAAUAAAAAGAAAUAUGAUGACAGAAGAAUGACAGUCGUGGAUCCAAGUUGGGAAACGAUUGACCCAACACCAGAUAUUUACGCUUUAUUUGCUGCCUUCAACGAACGAUUUUUUUGGGGCAAACUUGAUUGUGUUGAAGUGAAAUGGAGUCCUCGUAUGACGCAAUGUGCAGGUGUUUGUAGUUAUAGCCCAAGAGCUGGAUUCUGUUCCGUAAGACUAAGUCAACCCCUUUUAAAAUUACGUCCUCGAAAAGACUUGGUUGAAACGAUGCUACAUGAAAUGAUCCACGCGUUUCUAUUUGUUACGAGAAAUGAUCGUGAUCGAGAUGGUCAUGGGCCUCGAUUUCUCGAACACAUGAACAGAAUUAAUAAUGAAAGUGGAGCUCAUAUAACAGUCUACCACAGUUUCCACGAAGAAGUAAAACAUUAUAAAACUCAUUGGUGGAAAUGUAACGGACCUUGUCAACAUAAAGCACCGUAUUUUGGUUCUGUAAAGAGAUCUACUAAUCGAGCCCCUGGGCCAAAUGAUUUAUGGUGGAAUGAUCAUCGUGCCACAUGUGGUGGUGAGUUUAUUAAAGUGAAAGAACCAGAGAAUUAUGUGAAUAAAAAACAGAAGAAAAAGGAUGGCAAAAAAGCUCCAGCCAAUGUCCUAGAUAACUAUUUUCCUCGAGCUACAACCUCUGGAGCGUCGACAUCUUCUCAAAAUCCACUCACUCCAUCGACCUCGUUCAAUAAACCACCAAAUUCUGCCGGAGUUACCAAUUCAUCGAAUGUUGUUGGAUUUCAGAAUUCGGUCAGUCCGUCGACUACAUCGAACGCUACUGCUUCGUCUAACAAUUUGAAUAGAGGUCAAAAAAUUCUAAGUUUGGUCGAUGUUAAUGCGAAAAAAGACGCCUAUGGUGCUCUUAUAAAGAGUAAUAAAAGUCCCGAUAGGAAUAAAUUUGUUCCGAUGUCAGGACAAAAAAAUGUUUUUCGUUUCAUUAAUGGUAGUGAUUGGUGAAAAUUUUGUGUUCCAUUUUUCUAAAUGUAUCUAGCUUUUUGUAUUCAUAAGAGUUUUUUUAUUCGAUUUUCAUAAGAUUUAUAUCGUUAACAAUCUAUAUCGUUUAUUUUGUAAUUGUGAUGCUCCAUGAAUUGCUGUGAUUCUUUUUGUACUUCCUCGAAAUUCCAUGUCAAUGUCGUGCUAUUAAAUUUAGAACUUUUUUUGAACGUGA